AGCUGGCCGCCGUGGCCGGUGCGACUUUUACUCCAAACAGAAACAUUCUGACCAAUUUUUUUCGCUUCUCUUACAUUUUUAAAAAUACGGACAGUAUUUAUCUUUAAACCAUGGGUGCUCGUUGGAAAUUUAUUUAAAUAUAUUAGCAUAAAAUUAAGCGGUGGAAUGGGCGACACCGUAGAUUACAUGCUGGACGACGAGCACCAGCAACCCCUUCUGGUCAACCAGUCGGAGGACGACGAGGAAGAGAUUGAGGUGUCGAGCAUCGACAGACGACGACGAACAAUGGAUUCAACCAUCGGUACUGAUCCGAGAGACCUGGAGGGCUUCACCUUCUUCUACUGGCUCGCCCAGGGCCUAGGUGUUCUCUUGGUGGUGCUCGUCGGCAUUUGGACAACCCAUUAUCGUGGCGGCUUUGCAUGGAGCUCUGACCCCAAGCUUGAGUUCAACUGGCACCCCAUGCUUAUGACCAUUGGCAUGAUCUUCAUGUACGCUAAUGGAAUGAUGCUGUUCCGAUACAUGCGUUACCAUCGCAAGCGCCAACUGAAAGUUUUUCAUGCCACCUGCCACACACUGACCUUCCUGGUGACCGUGAUUGCCCUGUGUGCCGCUUUUGAUUCGCACAACCUUGCCAUCCCACCGAUUCCCAAUCUCUACACAUUACACAGCUGGAUUGGUCUCACAGCAGUCAUCCUCUUUUGCUGCCAGUUUGUCGUCGGAUUCUCGACGUUCCUCUUCCCGGGUGCCAAGCAGUCCCUCCGAGCGGCUCUGAUGCCUGUGCACCGGUACUUUGGAAUGCUGGGCUUUGUCCUCUCCAUCGCCGCAGCCCUGAUGGGCCUUCUCGAAAAGGCCAUUUUUACAUCAGUGCCUGCCUACCAAAGAAUGGAAGGAGAAGGACUGCUGAUGAACUUCAUAGGCGUGGUGCUGGUAAUCUUUGCCGCCGUUGUGAUCUACGUCGUCUCCAAUUUUGGCUACCGUCGCAUACCGAUGUCUGAAGAUGAAACCCUCCUGACAACCGAGUCCCAAAUGGGAUAAAAUGUUUAAAAUCACCUCGAUGUCUCCUCUCAUAUCAUAGAGCAACAAAAAUCACAGCGUUAUUAAAUUUUGAUAUGUUAAUUUACUCCGUCACGGUUGUGUUCCAGCUGCUAUUAUUGUGAUCAAAAAAAUUAUGUCUUAAGAUGAGUUAUCUUGUACUGUUUUGUGUGUUUAUUGUACUUAUAUAGCAACAGGAAAGAGUUGAUUGCAAAAUUUGAUUAUCCAGGGAAAUGAAUGAGUGGUAAAUUCAAAUUAGUGCAUCAAGUGUAUGCACGAAUCAGACAUGAAACUGACAAAAAAAGACUGUGGCAGGUCUAUUAUUUUUGCCUGUACCUCGACAUAUUUUUGUGGGAGAAUUUAUAAACGUGUUUUCAUUCCAAUCAAAUUAAAAGAGAAAUGAAAACGCGUGCUUAAUAGAAAAUAUACUACUGUGUCUAUUGCUGAAAAUUAACCAUCAGUGCUUUUGCAGCAUUCCUCUCUCAUUUUGUUCAAUUUCCCCCUCCGUUAUUAUGUAAUGUGUCAGUACAAGAGCGCGUCAUCAGCACUGAUGAGUUUUCAGGGUGUAUUGUUUAACAAUACAAUGAAAAUUAUAUAUCGCAUAAAAUGUUAAUUAUGAUAAUCUAUAUAUAUAUUAAAGUUAUGUCUGCAGCACAAAAAA